CUAACAGUAAUCAAUCAAAUGCGCAACGAUGCGCAGUGAGAGUCAAUCUGAUGACGGCACUCGUGCUGUGCCUGAAGAUAGUUCCGCGUUGAAGAUCCCCCUUCUGGUUUAGGAACUUCGUCGAACUUCGUUGAAGAUAGCGUCGCCAACCCGUGCUAUAAUCUGAGACCAUAUUACUCUCCUUUUCCACGAUGUCUUUUCCUUUGGAGAUCAAGCCUGCGUCAGCUUAGAUUAGCCCAAUUCUUGAAUCGACACCUCCAGAGCUGUCAUUGUGGAGCUACGGAGCUGCAAUAUUGAGCAAGGUGUACAAAUCGGGGCUUCGAUUGAAUGAGCUCCGGUGAUUUGUGUUGUAGCGUCUCACUUUUUGUGAGUGGGCACAUACUCCGGCCGCAUUUUGAAAGGGUUUGAGGAUCACUGCGGAUAGUGACGAUCUGAGGUUUUUUCAAUAAGUGGAUCUCAUGGCGAGAGAGGAGCCACGAAAAGUCGAUUGAAGAGUUGUAGGAAGUGUAAAUAUGUUAAAGCCAGUGUUUGAUUAACCCUGCAAGUUUGAGCAAAUGAGGGACAAGGAAACUCCUUAAAAGGAGCUUUAGUGAGGCACAGUAUGUUAGGUUGAGUCAUUCGUAGAGUUUGGAUUCACGUAAGAGUCAAGGUAAUUUUGUGAUCGAGUAAGAUGGCUACCACUCCGCAAGGAAAACGAGAUAAGCCGCUUGGGAGGAAAUGGCAGCUGCUAGACAUUAUCAUUUUCACAAUGAUGGCGGCUUUAAUGAUACUUUUCUUACUCAUAUUUACAUCUCUUGGAGAUUCCCUGGCUACUGCCGGGCAGCGAGAGCUGGAUGCGGCUCUACGAGCAGACUCUACCAGCAAUGGCUUUUGGGAUCAGGUGGAGCAUGGACUUCUCGUUGAAUCUUGUCCGGUUCGACUCGCUGAUAUCAUGCCGUGUCAUGACCCCAAGCGAGCAAGAUCUUUCUCGAAGGAGCGUAACCACUACAGAGAACGCCACUGUCCCCCCUUUGAAGAAAAGCUGAGAUGCCUAAUUCCUCCUCCCCCUGACUACCAAAUCCCUGUACGAUGGCCUGAGAGUUUAAGAAAAAUAUGGUUUAACAAUACUCCACACAACAAAAUAGCGGAGUUGAAGUCAGAUCAAGGAUGGAUGGUACAAGAGGGUGACUAUUUCGUGUUUCCAGGUGGGGGAACUAUGUUUUCAGAAGGAGCAGAGAGAUAUGUGCAGAAGCUUGAAAAAUAUAUUCCUUUAAGGACUAGUGCUAUUCGCACUGCAUUGGACAUAGGCUGUGGGGUUGCUAGCUUUGGGGCCUGUCUAAUCAACAAGGAGGUUCUUACGAUGUCGGUUGCCCCACGUGAUUCGCACAAGGCACAGAUUCAAUUUGUUUUGGAACGAGGCCUUCCAGCUGUUGUUGGCAUGCUCGCCACACAACGACUUCCAUUUCCUUCAUUGUCGUUUGACCUUGUUCACUGCUCGCGCUGCCUCGUCCCAUUUGCAGCCUUCAAUGGUUCUUACUUCAUUGAGGUUGAUCGGCUGCUGCGACCUGGCGGGUACUUUGUAUUAUCUGGCCCUCCAGUAAACUUUCAGGGUAAAGAGAGAGAGUACGAGGUUCUUCAAGAAUUCGUCGUCGAGAAAAUGUGUUAUUCAUUAAUCGGUGCAGUAGAUAAAACAGUUAUCUGGCAAAAACCCUUAAACACAUCAUGUUAUCGCGCCCGUGAAAAGCAGGUUCCAUCUUUCUGUCACGAGGACGACCCUGACAAUGCGUGGAAUACUGAAUUGGUCGAGUGUAUUACUCGACCUUCAGUGAAUGCCAUUGAUACUCUGUUGGAUCAGCCAAAUUGGCAGAAACGUCCAGACAUGAUUCCAAAGCGACUUUUGGAAGCGCGAAAUGUGGAGAGCGCAGAAUUUGAUAAGGAUACAAGGAGGUGGGGUCGUCGAAUCCGUCACUACGUAGAGACAUUGAAGAUAGGAUUUGGAACCUCUCGAUAUCGCAAUGUUAUGGACAUGAAUGCAUUAUAUGGGGGUUUCGCCGCCAAUCUGAUGUCCAGAAACGAUCCUGUAUGGGUUAUGAAUGUAAUUCCAACUACUGGACCAAAUACUCUGAGCACAAUUUAUGAUCGAGGGCUUCUUGGAGUCGUUCAUGACUGGUGUGAAGCAUUUUCGACGUAUCCACGAACGUAUGACUUAUUGCACGUGGCUCCCCUGCAACCAUUCACCACAUUGGACAAGAGGUGCAGCUUAGCAGAGGUUAUGGUUGAGAUGGACCGGAUUCUUCGACCAGAGGGAACAAUCAUAAUACGGGAUACUCCUACUAUGCUUUCACGAGUUUCAAAAAUUGCCAAAGCCAUUCAAUGGAAGUUUGAAAUUUUUGAUCCCGAACCAGGAACAUCAGGUAAAGAGCGCAUUUUUGUUGGAACGAAGGUGUUUUGGAGGGCUGAAGUUGUCGAGUCACAAUAAUAGGUGUACUAUUGCGAGGGCUCCUACGGUUUGGAAGAUUCUUCUUUACAACUUAUUUCUCAUCUGAUUGAUACUAAGAAGGUACAGCUUGCUCAUUUCGCUUCAGCCUUCGCUAUUUUGGUUUGAAUUACGAAAAUUUGCGGAAGCCAAUCAUCUAGUGACGUUAGGUCUAUUACAGGAUUCCGCCCUGCUCAUCCCUGCAGAAUUUGCCUAUUGAUAUGAAAGAAUUUUUUGUCCACAAAUUUAGUCCUCCGCAGAAUAGGAGAGAUUUUGAAGGCUUCUUUGACCUGUCAAGAGCUAGGUGAUAGGUAUAUUAGCAUUACACAUCGCUGCAUUGAAAUUCAAGAUAGGUGUUGUGAUUUUCCUUGGGAAGCCAAGAAAUUUCUGGGGGUUGUGAAGUAAGGCAUGCUCUUUUGGCUUCCUCGUGAUGCUAUUUGUCACGUGCGGAAAGAAGAUUUAAUUUUUUUGUUCUCUGAUCAUACCAUCAGCGAGUACGUGAUUGUUAUCAUCUGGAACGUAUCGAGAUAGAGUUUGGCUUAAGGAACAUGAGCUGAGUUUUGUUGAUGAUGAAUUCCAUUGUUGAA